GUAAAAGGUCAGUCUGUAUAACGUGUCAUCAGGCUGUCGACACACCGGUGUCACUCGAUCGUCUCACCGGCUGUUACUUCACCGCGCAUUGGUACUUCUGCUGAUCUUAACGUUGUCCCAGAAAAUGGCCAAAAAACGGAGAGAAACCCGAGAUGCGGACGGUUUGUCCUCGGCGCAGGAAGAGGUGAAGGCUAACUCUAAAGUACUGAAAGCGACUCAGCAUAGUGUUGGGGGCUCAGCACGCAUGUCUCUGCUGAUUCUGGUGUCCAUCUUCACCUGCUCUGCCUCAGUCAUGUACCUCGUCUACAGGAACUUCCCAGAGCUUUCAGAUGAUGAAAUGGAAAAAAUCAAGAUCCCAAAAGACAUGGAUGAUGCCAAAGCUUUAGGAACAGUGUUGUCCAAAUACAAAGACACCUACUAUACCCAGGUGUUGGUGGCCUACUUUGCAACAUAUGUUUUCCUCCAGACUUUUGCAAUCCCUGGAUCGAUCUUCCUCAGCAUACUGUCUGGAUAUCUUUAUCCUUUCCCCCUGGCUCUUUUCUUAGUCUGCUUGUGCUCUGGCCUGGGUGCUUCCUUCUGCUAUAUGCUGUCAUAUCUGGUGGGCAGACCAGUGGUCUACAAAUAUCUUACAGAGCGAGCACAGAAGUGGUCUCAGCAGGUUGACAAGCAUAGAAAUCAUUUAAUCAAUUACAUCAUCUUCCUGAGGAUAACCCCAUUUCUUCCCAACUGGUUCAUCAACAUUACCUCACCUGUCAUCAAUGUGCCUCUGGGAGUUUUCUUCAUUGGUACCUUUCUCGGAGUGGCACCGCCAUCCUUCGUAGCGAUCAACGCAGGUACAACGCUAUACAAACUGACCACAGCUGGCGAGGCCGUCUCCUGGAACUCCCUGGCUGUGCUCGGUGUCCUGGCCGUGCUCUCGAUUUUGCCCGUCUGCUUCCAGAAGAAGCUGCAGCAGAAACUAGAGUAGAAACGGUCACCUCACAUCAGCAACUCAUCUGCUGGCUGAUCCUCAACAUCUCCCUUACCUCGGCUCAGGAACAUGCAGCUGUCACUACGCUGCUCUGCGUCAGUCUUGUAGGCGGUAAUUGCCAAGCACUCAUUGACCACAAAAAUGCAUGCAGUGGUGGGUUGUUCCUGAUGUCAAGGAAACCGCAAACAGGCCACUGCUUGCACAAGUUUUAUUUGGUUUAUGUGACUCAUUUCAUAAAUAUUAGAAACUUUUUUUUUUUUUUAAUUUAACGCACUGCUUAUUAUUAUAUUGUAUGAUCUUUUUUCAGGCAAUUAAAGGUACUGCCUACAGGAUGCUUUUCUAAUGUGCAGUCACAGUUAUUCCACAUAGCCUAAUUUCACGUGCUUAAGUCAUCUUGCUAGAAACUCUGAGAACAGUGUCAUCAGCACCUUGUUCGGACUAUUGUGAACAUGUUCUCCAGUGAACGUGCGCUUGGACAGCAGCAGAAAAGUUACUACAUCCUCUUGGUAGCACCUUUGACUCUCACUCCCCUUUUUAAUAUUUAUUUUUCCAUACAUAUGUCUACUUGAUGAAGUAUGAUUACCACCACAGCAAUAACUGUCACACUACUUGUCAAAGGGGAUUUUAGUUAUUUAAAAGUGCAUUUUGAUACAGGGUCCCUGCUUUGGCAAGUGUAUGCCAAGCAUGGGGAUACAUUAAAAUGUGUAGAAAAGGAAAAACGUAAGCACUGAUCUUAGUAAGUUUGUGUUUUGUUGACAUGUGAGCAAUUCCUAUGAUCUUCCUCAAAGUGUGCCUGCAUCCUCUGCCACACAGCUGUCCUUUUUCUUUUCAUCCAUGGCUCUGCAUAUUCUAAGCUUCUUUGCUACUGCACACUUUAAAGUACAGCGUAAGCUGAUGUAAUAUUUCUUCACAGGACAUCCAAACGCAACACCUCUAACUGGUAAUUUUAUUUAAACAAUGAAUAUCCAUCACAUCAGGGGCACUAAAAAGCAAAAGAGUUGUCUUGGUUUGUGUAAAUUUGAAAAGUCAAAGGUCAAGAUUUGGCUCAAGUUUUGGAAGAAGCGAUAACAAUGAAUUUUUUUCCUUCUUUCUUUGUCCUGUGAUUAUCUGUGUUCAUCUCCACCCUAUUAUGUCUAACUAGUGAUGUUGAUACAAUGGAUGAUACUCUCUUGAGCUCAGUAAGACUGCCAACCUACUGCAGUGUCUGAGCCUUGCCUUGCUUUUACUGCUUCCUUUCUUCACCUAGGGAAAUAUGCUGAUGCCUGAUUUAUGUUGCUAGAUUGUGUUCUUUAAAUUGUUUUGAAUGGCUAAUUGUGUCCUGUUA